AUGGCCGAACGACCCAACAAGCUUGCCCUUAUCAAGCUCCAAGGCACCGGCGCCAGAGCCUGCAUGCAUGCCGGCCUGCUGGGUUACUGGAAGCAGCUGCUCAACCGCCGCCUCGCAUGGAUCCGCCACCAUCGCGACAAUCCGCGUAUCAACCCGGACGUCGACACGAAUAAGCUGAUCAGCGACGUCGACGGGCUGCCUACCUGCGCAAACCUCCCCCUCGAGCCGGACGCCUUCGAGCCGCUUCCGUACAGCGACAAAGACUCCAACACCGUCGAGAUGAAAUUGCUCUUUGAGCCUGCCAACCGCGCCUGGGCAGGAGAGCAUGUCGCGCCGCAGCGCUUCAUCGACGGGGUCACGCACAUCCUGCAGGGAAAGCCGGCGACGACGCACUUUGCCUGGAGCCGUGUCUUUGACUGGCUCUACACUCUGGAUCUGAACAGAGAAGUCAAGACUCUUGAUCUGAUGGAGCAGAUCCUGGACGCAAGACGGAUGUACGCCCGGGACCUCGAGCAGCUUGAGCACUUUGCCCAAAACCCGCACAGCAUCACGCAGCGACGCGAGUCGUUGUGCAUCAAGACCAUGUGCCGGUUGAUCGGACUCGACGUCGACGACGAGAGGUUCGAUUGGUUGUAUAAGCCGUUUGUCCAUAUGCAGCUCAAGUGUCGCGAGGAGUGGAUCCGGAGUACCAUUCUGCCAGCGCACGAGGCUCUUGCUGCGAACAAGCCUGAGGAGAGAGCACGCACAGCCGUGUAUGUAGCUGAGUGUGUGAGGUCACUGCUGGAAGCAGACCACAAUGUGUACCUGUAUCAGCAACUUGAUGACCAGUUGAUUGAUAUGAUGAACGAGGUCCGCAACUCGAUACCUCCGCUUUAG